AAAAAAUAGGAUCGGAUGAGCAAGAAGGAGUGGUGUGUUUACCUCUGGUUUUCAAGUAUCACAACAACCUCCUCUCCUUCCUGCUAAUGCUUCAUUUCACUCUCUCUUCUUUCUCUCUCUUCAUUUUCUCCUCUCACUCUUCCUUCUCCAUCCAUGGAAGUUAACUUCUGUUUCAACCACCACCACCGGGCCUUCCGAUUAACCUCCCCCCUCUCCGUUUCCUCUCUUCGCACACAGUUCCUCGGUUGCAAUCGCAGUCUCAGACCACCUCCAUCUCCAGGUUCAGCUUCAGGUUCGUCACUUCGCUUUUCAAACAAACGCAGCAAUAGGUUAGCGCUUCUUCGUCUCCAUUCCCCGCGCUUCGUAUUCAAGGCUUCCUUCAAUUCUCAUCCGCUUAUAGUAGUUGUCGUCGUUGUUACUUUAUCAGCUGUUUCUUUGAUUCACUUCACUCUCAACAAGCGAAAGAAGAAUCUCAACCAGGGACGUGCGGAAUUUGCAUUAUCACCUCAAGGAAGUAAUGUUGGGAACCAGGUUAUUGAUAGUCAGAUUCUUGAUUUUCCAGAAUUUCAAAGGGAUAAUUCACUGAACGAAGUUGGGAAGUUAAAUGAUCACAAUGGAAAGGACAAUCAUGUUUUUGAGGACCAAGAGGUCCACUGUCAAUUUUUGCAAUCUUCCAUGGUGCAGGAAACAGCCUUGAAGACUCAGACAUUAGAUUCAUCUUCGUCUGUUCUUGACUCUAGUGUCAAUGGUAACAGUUCCCAUGUAUUAGAGGAGCCUUUUUUAUCUGUGGCUUUCAAAUCUAGUCCAUUGGAGCCUAUAGCUUUUGCUGAGGAGAUGACUCUACAUGUGGAAGAAAAUCAAGGUGUAGUUGACUCUAAUCUCGAGUUGCCUUUGAGUAUGGUCAAACCUGAGCACACUGCUUCUUCUGUUGGUUUAGAUAACACGCUCGAUACAAUCAAUGGCCAUACUCAUGAAAAAAUUGAGCUUCAUGCCAUCAAAAGUGAUGUCCUUUUUGGUGAAUCUGUUAGGGAAGGGCUGUACAUGUUUUAUGAGGACAAUAAUUCUGCAUCCGUUUCUGUUACACCCCUGAGUAGUAACAAGUCAUUUUCUCCCAGUGCUUCUUCUGUGAAUAGAACAAGACUGUCAGCAGCUAUAAGAAAUAUCAGCCUGAACAGAUUAGGAUUAUCGGCUGAUGUUUCUCUACAAAAUGCAGAGUACAUUGAUGAAGGCUACCCUCCGCAGCAUAAUAGUAACAAUGUUUUGCCCCAGAGUUCCCACAUCAUGGUGCAUAUGGAUCAGGAAAAUGAUCAAGUCAGGGUCCACGAUAGUCAGAAAAUUGAUCCUUCAGAGCUUCUAAGAAAAUAUAAUACCUUGCUAAAAGCUGGGAGGUUAUGUGAAUGUGUAGAAUUGCUUAAAGAUAUGGAAAUGAAGGGUUUAUUAGAUAUGACUAAGGUUUAUCAUGCCAAGUUUUUUAACAUCUGCAAGAAACAAAAAGCUGUUAAAGAAGCUUUUGAUUAUGUUAGGCUUAUUCCAAAUCCAAUGCCGAGUACAUUUAAUAUGCUCAUGUCAGUGUGUGCAAGCUCCCAAGAUUCUGAAGGGGCUUUCCAAGUUAUGCAGCUUCUUAAGGAUGCUCGACUAGAUCCUGAUUGCAAACUUUAUACCAAUUUGAUAUCAACUUGUGGCAAGAGUGGGAAGGUUGAUCUAAUGUUUGAGGUGUUUCACAAGAUGGUUAAUUCUGGAGUGGAACCUAAUGUUCAUACCUAUGGGGCACUUAUUGAUGGUUGUGCUAGAGCUGGUCAAGUAGGUAAAGCAUUUGGUGCUUAUGGGAUAUUGAGGUCAAAGAAUGUGAAGCCAGAUCGCGUUGUUUUCAAUGCACUUAUAGCUGCAUGUGCACAGUCCGGAGCAGUGUCUCGUGCCUUUGACGUGGUAGCAGAAAUGGAAGCUGAAAUACACCCUAUUGAGCCAGACCAUGUAACUUUUGGUACAUUGAUGAAGGCAUGUGCAAAGGCUGGUCAGGUUGAACGAGCACAUGAAGUUUAUAAGAUGAUACAACAAUAUAAUAUAAAGGGAUCUUCAGAAGUUUACACAAUUGCAAUUAAUUCUUGUAGUCAAACUGGAGAUUGGGAAUUUGCACGUAGUGUAUACAAUGAUAUGACCCAGAAAGGGGUGCUCCCUGAUGAGAUGUUUAUGAGUGCACUAAUAGAUGUUGCUGGGCAUGCUAAAAAGCUGGAGGCUGCCUUUGAUAUCCUACACCAAGCCCGGAAAGAAGGAGUACAGAUUGGAAUAAUGACAUAUAGCUCGUUGAUGGGUGCCUGUUGCAAGACAAGAGAUUGGCAGAAAGCGUUGGAGCUUUAUGAAUAUCUUAAAUCUCUUAAAUUGGUGCAAACAGUUUCAACUAUUAAUGCAUUGCUCACUGCACUUUGUAAUGGGGAUCAAUUCCAGAAGGCUUUGGAGGUUUUAUCUGAAAUGAAAGGAUUAGGAUUGCGCCCUAACAGUAUCACAUUCUCAAUACUUAUCGUGGCCAGUGAGAAGAGGGAUGACAUGGAAGCAGCUCAAAUGCUCCUUUCGCAAGGCAAAAAGGAUGGUGCAGCCCCUACUCUCAUCAUGUGUCGAUGCAUAAUAGGAAUGUGCCUGCGGAGAUUUGAGAAGGCUUGCCUUGUUGGUGAACCUGUUUUAUCUUUUGAUUCAGGACGGCCACUAGUAAAUAAUGAAUGGACAUCACUGGCUUUAUCGGUAUAUCGUGAAACAAUCGGAGCUGGUGAAAAAUCUACAAGUGAAAUAUUGUCGCAAAUUUUGGGAUGCUUGAAACUCCCUUAUGAUACAUAUAUGAAAAAUAGACUUGUUGAGAACCUGGGAGUAAGCGCUGAAUCCUCAACAAGUUCACACCUCUGUUCAUUGAUAGAUGGAUUUGGUGAAUAUGAUCCUCGUGCUUUUUCAAUACUUGAGGAAGCUGCUUCAUAUGGAGUUGUUCCAUCUGUAUCAUUUAAAGUGAAUCCUAUUGUUAUCGAUGUUAAAGAAUUACAUCCUUAUACUGCUGAGGUAUACCUCUUAACUGUUUUGAAAGGUCUCAAGCAUCGACUAGCAGCAGGUGCAAAACUACCCAAUUUAAUCAUUUUAUUGCCGGUAGAAGAAGCAAAAGUUUUGUCUCCCAAUGGGGAAAAGAUUAUUAUACUUGCAGAAAGAGGUGGCCAAGCAGUUGCAGCGCUGUUCAGGAGGCUUCAUAUUCCUUACCAGGGUAGUGAGUCGAAUGGGAAGCUUAGAAUAAAUAGUCCGGGCCUGACAAAAUGGUAUCAGCCAAAGCUUGAAUCUCCAAAGUUCGGUUUACAAGGUGACUGGAGCUCAUCCCAAUCACGACUCGGCAAAAACAUUAGCAAUCAGCAGCGAAACAUUCGAACUGGCAAUCUAUCUUUAGACUGAGUGUACAUGCAUCCAUUACCACAGUUAAUAAUUUUUCAAUAGAUGUUGAAAUCUCCUUCAUCCUAAUGGAGUUAUGGUAUAGUAGAAGAAGAGUAAUCUAGACCCAAGAAAGCUGCAUAUAAUGCUUUCUUGAGUGCUGAGGCCAUUGAAUACUUAAAGAGCAGGGAAAGUGUAGGACAUCUCAUCAAGUACAUUCUGAUGAACGAAUUUCAUGUACAGAUCUCAUUCUUGUGAUUACCCGUAGCUACAACGUGGCCUUUUGCAACGCGGAUUAAAUAAAUGUUUGAUGACAGAGAUGCUGAUUUCAGAUGUAUUCGUGUAUUUCUACCUGUCCUUUUUUGCCAGAACUCUCUAGGUGUAUACUAAAAUGUAGACAUAUAAACAAAUUAUGUAUAUCAGAUGAUUUUGAUAUUUCCAUUAUAUAUUUCUAUCAGCCAAUAUGAGAAUGGUAUGUUCAUUUA